CUUGUGUUUACCGCCACGAGAGAUUGGAAAGAGGCUAUCUCAAGAAAAUCUUGGAACUGAAGGAGGAAAUCCAGAGGGGGGAAAACAUGGCCGUCCUUUCUCCAUUACUAUCCUCUUCUUCACUCCAAUAUACCUUCCCUUCUCUUUCAUCUCUUUCCCCCAAGCCCACCCUCACCCUCGCCCCCUAUCGCUACCGCUCUCGCGUUAUCCUCUCUCAGGUCUCCCACCACCACCAACCGCCGCCGCCGCCCGUUGUAAUCGACAGGUCUUUGCUCAAUGUCUCAGAAGCCAAAUCCGAGAGUGAGCUAUGGGCUGCUGCUUCACUUCGCGUACAGACUUUCUAUGUCACCCACAAUGACUCUAUCAACAUCGAGGAACAUAAAAAGUACUUGGCUGAACGUGAAUUCGAAGCAUUGAAGGAACGCAUUGCAGGGAAAAGGUUGGGUUUUGGAAGAGUUUCCUGCAUCAAUGCCACUGUACCUUUAUCUCAAGUGUCAAGUGUUUCGCAUGAUUUAUGUACAUCAUACAAAUGUCCAGAUAAUAUGGAAAAUAGAGUAGUGAUUGGGUCUCUAGAUCUUAACCAGUGCAUCAGCCUUCCAGAUGAAAUAAUAGGAACGAAACCUAAGGGAAUUGGAGCUGAUUUUGCAAGAGCAUACCUUAGUAAUGUAUGUGUUGCUAAAGAACUGCGUAGAAAUGGGUUGGGUUAUGCACUCAUUGCGCAGGCAAGGAUGGUUGCUGAAGAGUGGGGAAUGAGUGAUUUGUAUGUCCAUGUUGCCAUCGACAAUGAGCCUGCACUUAACCUCUACAAGAAAUGUGGUUUCGUUUACGAGAGCGAGGAACCUGCGUGGCAAGCCAGGUUCUUAGAUCGGCCCCGGAGGCUUCUUUUGUGGAUGGGCCUCCCUGUUUCCUAUGACUUGUAAGUACAAUGUACAGACAUCCAAUUGUUUUCCUUCCUGGCCUCCCCAAUGGCCCUCACUCCCAACACGACCAUAAUGAAAUUCAGAUGGAAAAAGGUGGAAAAGCAAAUGUAGCAUUUAUUCUUGUACUUGAGUAAAGAACUCAAGUGUGUUAUAGAUAUAUAUGCAAAUUUGCAACCACUACCAACUUGAUAAUAAUGAUUCAUUCAUGAAUCUCGAGAUUUUUAGUUGUGUCGUCUGGUCGUUCUCA